AUGGACGAGUUCGCACAGACAGGAGCACAGCAGGAUGAUCUCUUUGAUGACAUUCAGUAUGAUCACUCAAUGCAGACUCGUGGGGAUGACCUCUUCAGCGAUGAAAUCCAACCCAUGAAUCAAGAGCUUCCUCAUACAACUACUGCCAAAUCAGAGAAGCAGGAGGAAUCAAAUAAGCAACCAGAAGUACAGAAACCAGCUGCGACUACAGAGUCAGUACCAGAGCCAUCAACAAUCCCUGCAGAGUCAACGCCAGCACCUACGACUUCGGCACCAGCUCGCGGUGGACGUGGAGGCACUAGAGGAAGAGGCAGGGGCAGGGGUCGCAACCAACAGGACAGAAGCAACCAGGAUCGCAAUGAUCAGGUCCGUCCGAACUCGGAUCGCAAUACCAAUGAGCCUCGUCGCAACAACAACGAAUCUCGCCGCAACAAUCAGGAGCGCAACAAGAAGGAGCCGCAACCAAAAGAUGCCGCAAACGUACAACAAGAACAGCAGCAGCAACAACCGUCAUCGAACACUACUGCCGAACCCUCAAAGCCAGCCACCAAUGCUGUACGAGGCGACCGUACCGCAACAGGAGGCCUCCGCAAGCCCAAACUAAGCGAACAAGAGCUAGCCGAGAAGAUGUCGAGAAUAUCGCUCAAGAACGAAAAACUCGCUGCUGCUCACGCACGAGCUGAAGCAGAUGCUGCCGACUUUGCCGAGCGUGAAGAAGUUGCUGCAAAGCGUCGACAAGAAGAACGAAGAGAAAGACAGCAAAUGAUGGGCGAAAGAGAAAAGAACAGACUGCGCAAGCUGAAAGCUGUUGGUGGCAGAGAAUGGGAUGCUGAGAAGCCUGAAGAUGCAGAUGCUUUUGGUGGUCCCAGACAACCUGGCGGUAGAGGACGUGGUGCAUACGGAGGUAUCGCGGGUCAACGCAACCCAGAUGUCUCUCGCGAGGGCUUUGGUGGCGAUAGGGAAGACUAUACCGAUGGACGAGAGUAUAUGUACCGUGAAGAUCGUGGUAGAGGUAGAGGUCGUGGAAGAGGAGGUCGUGGUGGUGGCUCUGGCAGAGGAGGACGUGGCCCUCAGCAAGAAAAGCCAGUCUCUCAAUCUGUCCCCAAGCCUACGGACUUCCCAGAUCUGGCGGGUUCGUCCUCAGCUCCCAAGUUCGAUAACGCUCCGCCGCCGACCAUGGCAUUCCCGACCAAAGCGAAGGUCGAAAAGCUCGAUAUCGAAGAUCAAAUGACUCCAGGAACCGAGAAAAAGUCUUGGGCUGAAAUGAUGGAGUAA